UCUCUCUCUCUCUCUCUCUCUCUCUCUCUCUCUCUCUCUCUCUCUCUCUCUCUCUCUCUCUCUCUCUGUGUCUUCCGUAUAUCACUUUCUUUCAUAUAACACUCUACCAUUUUUCCAAAUUUUCAAAAGCUCUCUGUCCAGAUAUAGUAUACAUGGCAGCCUUUUCAUACCAAAAUCUCCACCACCUUUCUCUCCUUGACUCAAUUUUCUUGCCCAACGCUCCUACUACCAAUAGCAUCAACACUGACAGUAACUUCUCUCAAUCUUUUUACCCAUCUGAGCCUUUAACCCAGGAAAUUCAAGCUGAUAAUAAUUCAAGAGCUGUUGAAAGCAGCUGCACUAUGGAUCAUAGCUCUACUAAGGUUGCUUUUAGUGACAAUGAGAAUGAUCCUUCUGUGACCAAAAACAAGAGCACAGAGUCCUCAACUGUUGUGGACGUGGAUAGGAUUGAAAUUGGUGAUCAGGUCACUCAGAAAGUGACUCCUAUGGGCAAGAAGAGAAAAUCCAGCACUGGAUCAUCCUUCAAUUCUGCUCAAUCCAAGGGUACUAAAGAGCAGAAGGGAAAGAAGCAAAAGAAGAUUGAUGGCGGUACCAAGAAAGAUGAGGAAAAGAAGAUUAAAUCAGAUGAAGAAGACCAGGUGAAAGUAAGAGAAGGACCUCCAACUGGCUACAUUCAUGUUAGAGCAAGGAGGGGUCAGGCUACAGAUAGUCACAGCCUUGCAGAAAGGGUAAGAAGACAGAAAAUUAGUGAGAGGAUGAAGAUGUUGCAAAGACUUGUUCCUGGCUGUGACAAGAUAACUGGAAGGGCAGUCAUGCUGGAUGAAAUUAUCAAUUAUGUUCAGUCCCUACAAAAUCAAGUGGAGUUCCUCUCGGUGAAACUUGACUCUUUGAAUCCAAUGUUCUACGACUUUGGAAUCGACAUUGGUGCUUUGGUGGUCAAACCAGAGAGAUUGUGUAGCACGGAAUCACCAUAUCAAUCUGUGCCACAAUGCAACCCAACACAGCCAACACCUUUUGCUGAUACAUCCACCAACAUCACCGCCACCACUGCCGUUGCCGCUGCCGCUGCCACCACAAAUAACAACUGUCCUUUUCUAGACAGUUCAGCUUCACUUCUACUUCAAAGGCCAAAUACCUUCUUUCAGGACGGUGAGAGCUUGUUGUGGGAUGUGGAAGAUCAAAGACAAAGCUUUCUUAAUCCUGGUUUCAGCAACAGCAACUUGUGUUCUUUCAAUUAAUUACAAGGCAAAAAAGCUGCCCCUCAAGCAUACCAGCAUAUGGUUGGCUCUCAUUUCCUGUCUCGUACUAAAAAAAAACAAGUACAUAAUUAUACACAAAUUGAUAAGAUAACUAGUUAAAUCAAUUUAAACAAGUACCAUGUACUUGUGUUUAUUAAUUAAUUGUUUGAAACUUCUAUUAUACUCCGAUGAUUAGAUAUUGGUCAUUGAAUUCUUGAUGAAUGAUCCGAUUGCCAAAAUCCUUGUGUAAAGAAAACCGAAGCGUACCCUAAUUUUGUAUAGGAGUGUGAUAUCUACACACCGCAUUUUAUUUCUCACACAUCUUUUUAAUUUUC